AUGGAUGACGGUUCAGUAAAGAUUCAAUCUGGAAUCAACAUCAACAUAAAAAGAACAGAUGGACGAAUCCAUUCGGCGAUCGUCUCCGGGGUCAACUUGGAUACGAGGUCGGUGACAGUAGAAUGGUACGAGCGCGGCGAGACGAAGGGCAAGGAGGUGGAAAUCGACGCCAUUCUUGCCCUCAACCCGGAGCUCGCUGGAACGAGGCACCACACGCCUCAUCUGCAGCCGAUGCCUAACAAAUUAGCUAGAGAUAUGACGCGGCAAUCGAUACCGGUGGCGACGAAAGCGCCAUCUCGCGUUACGCGCAACAACCAGAUGCGACUGUCGAAUGCGGGCGGUGGCGGCGCGGCGUACACCAACGGGCACAGUGGCGACACAACGGGGCGGCGCGGAGCAGAAAACGUGCCGCCCGCGCAGCUGCCACAGCCAGCGCCCACCAACACUAGGAUUACUCAACAGACGCCAGCUUCAGGCGGUCGUACCCGCUCCGGCAGUUCACCAAGCACCGCUUCCGUUCCUAAAGGUCCUCAACAGCAACAGUCUCCGUACACCGCGCACAUGCAACGCAGAAUGAUGCAUAUCAACAAGGAGUUCACGGGCGUCGGAGGCGUGAGUGGGUCGGCGGUGCGGCCGGGCGGCGUGUCGUCCACGGUGUCGGUGCCGCAGGCCGUAGCCUCGGGCGCCGUGCGACGGUCCAACGUCGUCAAGGAGGUGGAGAGGCUUAAGGAAAACAGAGAGAAGAGACGCCAGAGGCAGGCGGAACUUAAAGAGGAAAAGGAAGCACUAAUGAACAUGGACCCAGGGAACCCUAACUGGGAGUUUUUAGCCAUGAUCAGAGAGUAUCAGAACAGCAUUGAAUUCAGGCCAAUGACCGGCAACGAAGCAGUUGAGGAUCACCAAAUCACAGUCUGCGUGAGGAAAAGGCCACUUAACAAAAAGGAGAUCAAUAAAAAAGAGGUCGACGUCAUUAGUGUACCAACAAAAGACCAAAUGAUAGUCCACGAGCCGAAGAACAAGGUCGACCUAACCAAAUACCUUGAGAAUCAGAAGUUCCGUUUCGACUACGCCUUUGACGAUACUUGCACCAACGAAGUGGUUUAUAAAUACACAGCGAAGCCUCUGGUGCAGACGAUCUUCGAAGGUGGCAUGGCCACCUGCUUCGCCUAUGGACAGACUGGCUCCGGCAAGACUCACACCAUGGGGGGUGACUUCCAGGGCAAAACUCAAGACUGCAAGAAGGGCAUCUACGCGAUGGCAGCGCGUGACGUGUUCGCGUACCUCAAGUCGCCCAAGUACAAGCCUCUCAACCUCAUCGUGUCGGCUUCCUUCUUCGAGAUCUACUCCGGGAAGGUGUUCGAUCUACUGGCGGACAAGGCCAAGCUGCGAGUGCUGGAGGACGGCAAGCAGCAGGUGCAAAUCGUGGGCCUCACUGAGAAGGUGGUCGACAAUGUGGACGAGGUGCUCAAGCUUAUUCAACACGGUAACGCCGCAAGGACCUCUGGACAGACGUCGGCCAACUCGAACAGUUCGCGGUCACACGCGGUGUUCCAGAUCAUAGUGCGGUCCCCCGGCAUGCACCGCGUGCACGGCAAGUUCUCGCUCAUCGACCUCGCGGGCAACGAGCGCGGGGCCGACACCUCCUCCGCCAACCGACAGACGCGCAUGGAGAGCGCAGAAAUCAACAAAUCGUUACUCGCCCUGAAAGAGUGCAUCCGCGCGCUGGGCAUGAAGGGCAACAACCACCUGCCGUUCCGGGUGUCGAAGCUGACGCAGGUGCUGCGCGACAGCUUCAUCGGCGACAAGUCUCGCACGUGCAUGAUCGCCAUGAUCUCUCCCGCCAUGUCGUCGUGCGAGCACUCGCUCAACACGCUGCGCUACGCCGACCGCGUCAAGGAGCUCGGCACGUCCGACCCCGCGCACCCCGCGCGCCGCCCCGACGACGCGCCCCCGGACGUCGACAUGGAGCCCGCGCACGACCUCGCGCAUCUGCGCUCGCUCAACGAGGGUGACAUGUCGGCAGAGAUGUACACGUUCCACGAGGCGAUCGAUGAGCUCCAGAAAGCCGAGGAAGAAGUGCUCGAUAACCACAAAGCCAUCUCGGACUAUCUGCAACACUCGCUCACCCGCGUUAACCAGCUGCUCGCCAUCACCAGAGACGUGGACUAUGAUCAGGAUGCGUACGCGACUCAAUGGGAGGAGCUCCUGAACGAGCAGCUGGCGGUCCUCGCCCAGUCGCGAGAUUUGGUCGCAGAAUUCCGCAGCAAAAUGCAACAGGAGGAACACAUCUCGCGCCGCAUCCAGCCUCCCCGACAUCACUAG